UGCCCAAUGAGAGAGAAAGAGAGAGAGCGCGCGCGCACGCACUUAGGUGCUGUCUAAGCCGAUUCGCAUCUUUUUAGUUUCUUUUAAAUUAACAAGUCAAAGAUGUAUGAAAGGUGCCGUGUAAUGAUCUUUGCACAACAGAGGGGACAGCACAAUUGUCCUUGAUUGCUUAGGAGAACCUGAAAUCACCUUCAUCAUGACCCUUUCAGAUUUCUUUGGAGCCUUGAAAGACAACCCUUACUUUGGGGCAGGCUUUGGGCUUGUUGGCAUUGGCACAGCACUUGCAGUUGCCCGAAAGGGGGCACAGAUUGGCAUGAUCUUCUUUAGAAGACAUUACAUGAUCACACUGGAGGUUCCUAGCAGAGAUAAAAGUUAUCACUGGCUUUUAAACUGGAUUACUAAACACGCCAAACACACACAGCAUCUGAGUGUUGAGACCUCCUAUAUGCAGCAUGAGAGUGGGCGAGUCCAUACACAGUUCGACUUCCAUCCCAGUCCGGGCAACCACAUAAUUUGGUAUGGAAGGAAGUGGAUCAGAGUGGAGAGAACCAGAGAGAAGCAGAUGGUGGACCUGAACACUGGAACUCCAUGGGAGUCUGUCACCUUCACUGCUCUGGGUAGAGACAGGCAGAUAUUCUUCAACAUACUCCAAGAAGCUCGUGAACUUGCUUUAAAACAGGAAGAGGGUCGGACUGUGAUGUACACUGCCCUUGGAGCAGAGUGGAGGCCUUUUGGGUUUCCUAGGCGACGACGGCCCCUGUCAUCAGUAGUUCUGGAGAAUGGAGUGGCAGAGAGGAUUGUUGAUGAUGUGAAGGAGUUUAUCGGCAAUCCCAAGUGGUACACUGACAGAGGUAUUCCAUAUAGGAGGGGUUAUCUGCUGUAUGGACCCCCAGGCUGUGGGAAGAGCAGCUUUAUAACUGCGCUGGCAGGCGAGCUAGGCUACAGCAUCUGUCUGAUGAGUCUCAGUGACCGCAGUCUGUCUGACGAUCGUCUCAACCACCUGCUGAGCGUUGCUCCACAGCAAAGCAUCAUCCUGCUGGAGGACGUGGAUGCAGCCUUUGUCAGCCGUGAGCUGAUGCCCACAGAGAAUAUGCUGGCCUAUCAGGGCAUGGGAAGACUGACCUUCAGUGGUCUUCUGAAUGCUCUGGAUGGAGUGGCAUCUUCAGAGGCCCGAAUUGUGUUUAUGACUACUAAUUACAUUGAAAGAUUGGACCCUGCUCUUGUCAGGCCUGGUCGUGUUGAUCUGAAGCAGUACGUGGGCCACUGCUCUCAUUGGCAGCUGUAUCAAAUGUUCCGGAGAUUUUAUCCUCAGGAGUCCGUGGCUGAGGCCGAGCUAUUCGCCGAGCGAGCGCUGGCAGCGCAUCCAGAGCUCAGCGCCGCUCAGGUUCAAGGGCACUUCAUGAUCUACAAAACGGACCCAGUUGGCUCUAUCAAAAAUAUCGAUAAGAUUAAGGAGUGAAGACCUGCUGAAAGAACACUUUUUUUUUUUUUUUUUUUUUUUUUUUUUAUGAUGCAAACGGAACCACAAAAGAUUGAAUCAAUCUUCGAUGUUUACACCUUCUGGAUAGACUUCUCACACAUUUGAGAAAAUCCAGCCUGUGGAAGUUUUUUUUUUCCCCCUCUGGAUAUUGUUAUGAGUUCAGUGCCUACGGAUGACAUCAUGUGCUAAUUUUCUGUCCAAAGUCCAGAAAUGUCCAGAGACUCAUAUUUCUCCUGAGAUGAAUUUGAGAAUUGCUUUGUGUACAUUAAAUUGUGUCAAAUAAUGGCUUAAGUUGGACCUAACAUAAGCUCAGAGAGAAAUGUAAAUUUUUGUACAUAAAUAUCACAUGCAGUGAUUUUGGACACUUAAGCCACCCUUGAAAAUGGCUGAAAUACUUUGCAUAAUUAACAGAAUAUUAAACCAAGUGCCAUCUGCAAAGAAAUUAUGCUAAAACAUUUCUCAGAACCAAAUGUACUUUUUAUGCUUAAGCUAUAUUUAAAUACUAUCUAUAAAUAGUAAUAAGCCACUGGUUUGAUAUUUUGUUGUCUUAUGCAAUAACAUUCACUUAAUUGUGUUGCUUAAGUGUCUAAAUAUGUUUCUCACUGUAC